CUUUGCCAAUGCUUGCAAGGAUACCAAGGCAAUCCUUACCUCAGACAGGGAUGCCAAGAUAUUGAUGAAUGUGGUGAUGAUACAAUAAAUCCAUGUAUUUUGAAUUCAAUGUGCAUCAAUACUCCUGGUUCUGUCACCUGUGUGUGUCCAAGAGGAUUUUAUGGUGAUGGAAGGAAAGAUGGCAAAGGCUGUAUUAAAGUCACAAAAUCCAAGUCCAAGACCAUAAUCUUGACAGGUAUUGGAUCUGCAUUAGGGUUUCUACUAUUCCUCCUUAUGUGCUUUGGGUUGUAUAAGAUGCUGAAAAAGAGGAGGGAAAAAAUGAUUAAAGAGAAGUUCUUUAAACGAAAUGGUGGUCUUCUCCUGCAUCAGCAAACCAAUGAAGGUGCACUCGGAAAAACAAAAGUUUUCCCCUCACAAGAGUUGGAGGUUGCUACUGAUUACUUUAAUGAAAGUCGGAUUCUUGGGCGUGGAGGGCAAGGUACUGUCUACAAAGGGAUGUUGUCGGAUGGUAAGAUUGUGGCGGUCAAGAAAGCAAAGUUGGUCGAGGAGAGUCAACUGGAACAGUUCAUCAAUGAGGUGGUGAUACUGUCGCAGAUCAAUCACAGAAAUGUGGUUAAAUUGUUGGGAUGUUGCUUAGAGACCGAGGUUCCUCUGCUUGUUUACGAAUUCAUGCCAAAUGGGACACUUUUUGAGCUCAUUCACAAUCCAAAUAACGAAUUUCCGAUCACAUGGAGCAUGCGCCUGAAGAUCGCAACAGAUAUAGCAGGGGCACUUGCCUACUUACAUUAUGCAUCUUCGGUGCCUAUCUAUCAUCGAGAUAUCAAGUCUAGUAACAUCCUUUUAGAUGAAAAAUAUGUAGUCAAGGUGUCGGAUUUCGGAACUUCACGGUCAGUUAAUGCUGAUCAGACUCAUUUGACUACUCUGGUUAAAGGGACGUUCGGAUAUCUAGAUCCGGAGUAUUUUCAGUCGAGUCAGUUCACGGAAAAAAGUGAUGUUUAUAGUUUCGGAGUAGUUAUUGUUGAGCUCCUAACCGGACAAAGGGCGAUAUCUAUGGGGAAAACAGACGAUGACAGAAGCCUAGCGACACGGUUUCUUACAUGCAUGGAAGAAAAAUGCCUGGACAAAAUAUUAGAUCCUCAAGUUUUAGAACAAGGUAGGAUGGAAGAGGUGCUUUUAGUUGCGAGGCUUGCACAAAGGUGUUUGAAUCUGAAAGGGAAAAGGAGACCAACAAUGAAAGAAGUUUCUACAGAAUUGGAAAGUUUUAGGAUAUCCCAAAUGUCUUGCUCCAUUGUGAAAGAAGAAGUUGAAGAUGAGACAGUUUUUGAAGCUAAGCCAUAUAUCAUUUUCAGAUAUUGAAUACUCAUGGACAGCCAGUUACAAGAGUCUCUCUGCUUCGUCCUCAGACGCGCAUCCAUUAAUGCACGCAACAACUUAAACAUCUCGUAAAUCCUAUAUAUUUGCUCUUGUA